ACACGCUGAGCUAACAGCAGCUAACAGACUGAGCUAACAGCAGCUAUAGUUGUCAGCAGUUCAUGUCAGUUUACAGGUGCAUCAUGGGACUUAUAACUGUAUGUCUCAGGUGUCAUGAUGUCCAGGGAGCAGGUGAGUAUCGGUGAGCUCCUGCUCUCAUUGGACAGUUCAGAGCUGCAGGAGGCGGAGCAAGUCCGAGCAGCAGUCAACCAGCAGCUGAGUACAGACAGAGGAGGCGCUGUCCUCUCCUCCCUGGUGGAUCAUUACCUGGACUCCUCGUCUCCUCAGGUGGUGCUGCUCCUGUCCUCCAUCAGAGAGCCUCACCAUAAGACUCUGCUGGAGAAGCUCAAUGAGGUUCUGGGCCGACCUGGAUCCAGACUGCCGGCUCUGACUCUGCUGGGUCACCUGAUCAGGAAGCAGCCUCCAUGGGUUCAUCACAUCAGCCACUCGGCUCUGCUGUCAGCCCUGCUGCGCUGCCUCAAGACGGACACGGACGUGGUCGUCCUCAUCACUGGAGUCCUGGUCCUCAUCACGCUGUUACCCAUGAUCCCUCAGGCCGGGAAGCAACACAUCUACGACUUCUUCGACGUGUUCGGACGCCUCGCCUCCUGGAGCUACAAGAACCCCGGUCAUGUGCCUGUGGUUCACCUGGUCCACCUGCAUGCAGGUGUGUACUCUCUGUUCCACCGUCUGUACGGGAUGUUCCCCUGCAACUUCAUCUCAUACCUGAGGCUGCACUACAGCAUGAAGGAGAACCUGGACACCUUCCAGGAGGUUGUUAAGCCCAUGUUGGAACAUGUCAGGGUUCACCCAGAGCUUGUCACAGGGACUCAGGACUAUGAACUGGACCCAACCAGGUGGAGGUGUUAUGAAGUCCAUGACAUCGUGAUUGAGUGCUCCAGAGUGUCUCUGGAUCCUCUGGACUCGUCCUGUGAGGACGACCUGUCCUCCAUCAGAGACGCUCCCUCGUCCUCCCCCCUGCCUCACCUGAACCUUACCUCAGAGUCCGUCAGCAGCUCAGGAGGUUCAUUCUGUCCUCCACCUGGACGUCUGACACUCAACAACUCUGACAUACUGGCUGAUGAUGUCACAUGGAGCCCCUCCUCACAGUGUGGUUUGUCGACGCCCCCUCCUGAACCUGCUGCUACAGGCCCCGCCCAUCCACUGAGCAGGACCACCUCCAUCUCAGGUGUGAGAUGUCCCUCAUCAGCCACCGUCCCUGUGACACUGACAGAAGACAUCCAAGAUGGCGGUCUGACUGCCGACCAGGUGAGGUCAGGACAGGUAGACGCUCAGCUCCGCCCCACACUGGAAGGCUUUUAUUGUGAAGGAGUGUCUGUGUUGUCCUCACAGGUGAAGACAUUCACAGGGUCAACCUUUCAGCCAAUCACAGACAAGAAGAAAGGAGGCCAGAGUGAUGUCAUCAUCAACAACAACAACAGUGAUGAGGUCACAUCCCAGCAGCCUUCCUCCUCCUCCGUCCUCCUCACCUCCACCCCCGGCCAUCAUGGCGCCUCCUCAGGUGCGGCGCUCCACCCUCCUCCCUGCUCCAUCUCGCUGUGCUUCACCCCCCCUCGCCCCGCCACAGAGGAGGGAGGCCCCGCCCACAGCGAGCAGAGCCCCGCCCCUUCGUAUGACCCCCUGUUUGAGCUCGCUCUGCCACGAGCCGCCGCACUCUUCAUCGGGAAGAAGACGCAGGAGGUGAUGGAGAGUGCAGGAGCAGGAGGAGGAGGAGGAGAGGACAGGGAGGAGGAGCAGACCUCUGUCUCUCCUCUGGAGGUUUUGGAUCAGCUGAUCGUUCAUGGACACAACGCCCACGAAGGCCUCAGCAGGAGGCUGUCAGCUGUGAAUAAGUCUGUGGAUCGGAGUCAUUUUGGAGGUAAACAGCAGAGCAUGAAAACCAAAGGCCCCGCCCAGUGGGAGGAGCUUCAGUCUCUGAGGAGUCAGCUCUUAUUGGUCCACAGUCAGCUGCAGUAUGAACGUUUCACACGUCAACAACACGCCAUCAGAAACCGCCGUCUGCUGCGGAGAGUCAUCAACGCCACCGUGUUGGAGGAGCACAGCGUCGCCAUGAAAGCCAAGCUGAGCAUUCAGGACGAGGAGAUUCGAUCUCUGAAGUCGAGUUUGGAGGAAGAACAAAGACGACACACACAACUGCAGGAAGACGCACACACACACACCACACAACUACACACACACAUCCAGCAACUGCUGCUGCAACUGCAGGACGAGCAGAGAGACAAGCAGAGGCUGCAGAGUGAGCUCCAGGAGUGUCAGAGCAGGUUGAAGGAUCUGGAGGCGGAGUUUCAGAAAGCCAAUAACAAGGCUUACAAUGCAGAACACCAGCUGACCCAGCUGUCACUCAAGCUGUGCAGCAGUGAGCAGCUGCAGCAGCAGAUGUUCUUGUUGAACCAGCAGAUCGUCCUGAUGAGAGAGACCAACAGAGGACUGAGAGAGCAGCUGGAGGGAGAGGACACACACUGCACUGAGGCGUCCAUGCUGCAGUGCAGCGUGGGUAAAGAGUUCCAGCGGUUGAUUGACAGCGACGUGCAGCACAGACAGAAGCUGGAAGCAGCCAAUCACAGGACAGCAGAGCUGGAGGGUCAGCUGACCAAGAAGGAUCAGCUGAUCCAGGACCAGAAGAAGCUGCUGGAGGACACCAAGAACCAGAGCAGGGCGGAGCUGGCGGCCUGUGAGAGCCGCUGUGCGUCUCUGCGGAGGCUGACCCAGACGCUGCAGACGGAGAUGCUCCACCUGUACAGUCAGCUCCACCUGGACACGCAGAGCCGGCCUCAGGACGUCUGCAGCAGGCCGAACGGCGGCAGCGUGGCUCUGCCUGCUCCUCAGGGCGCCCACAUGCCCCGCCCCCCCUCCUCUUCUUCUCUUGGUAUCAUAAACGGCCUCUCCACCUCCCCCCUGCACCUCCCCUCCUGCUCCUCCUCACCCCUCUCCCUCUCCCCCAUCGAGUCCCCCCUCGCCGUCGGCUCCUUCCUGGAGCAGCGAGCGCGGGAGCUGUUUAGACCAGCCAAUCAUAGCCAGGAGGAGGAGCAACAGGAAGGGGAGGAGAGGGAGGAGGAGGAGGAGAAGGAGGAGAUGGAGGAGGAUGAGGAUGAGGAGGCCCAGCCAGAGAGCCCUCCUCUGGGUCAGGAGGCAGAGGAGGUCACCCUCCUCACAGGGAGUCCUCAGACGGAGCCUCCUGUCCGGGCUUCAGCUCCCUCUGCUCCUCCCGCUGCUCCUCCAGCUCCGCCUACAGACCUGACGCUCGCCGUCCGCCAGAGGAGGCACGAACUGAGCCUCAUGGACUACAACGAGACCGUGCCUGAGUACUGAGGGGGAGCGAGGGUGGAGGAGGGUGGAGGCGGGUGGAGAUCAGCUGCAGUCCAGAUGUUAGCAGGCUAAUGCUAACUGGCUCUCCACUGGUCCGCUCUGAGCAUGUGCGGACCUUCAGUCGCCCCAACAACAACAACAACAACGACAACAACGACAACAACGACAACAACAUCAACAACAACAACAACAA